CGCAGCGCCAGAUGCGUCACGUGACACGGCGGAACACUUCCGGUAUCCGAUUCUCGCGAGAAGUGGAGCGAAGGGACUGUUGGUCUGGGACUAGCGAACCUCACGAUGUGGACCGCCGUGAAGGUCCUCCGGGGGCUCCUCUCUGCAGCUCAGUCUGCCCACGCGCUCAAGUCCAGACCACUUGGGUCCUGUACCAAGUCCAGACCACUUGGGUCCUGUACCAAGUCCAGACCACUUGGGUCCUGUACCAAGUCCAGACCACUUGGGUCCUGUACCAAGUCCAGACCACUUGGGUCCGGGAAGACGUGGGUGAGACCCAGCGGGUUUGAUACGGGUCUAAAGACGUUCAACAGCCUGACCAAACAGAAGGAGCCUCUCAUCGUGGCACGGGAAGGGGUCGCGACCUGGUACAGCUGUGGACCCACCGUCUACGACCAUGCCCACCUGGGCCAUGCCUGCUCCUACGUCCGGUUUGACAUCCUGCAGAGGAUCCUGUCCCGGCUGUUCGGGACCACUGUGAUCCACGCCAUGGUCAUCACCGACAUCGACGACAAGAUCAUCCAAAGGGGGUGGGAGGACAAUGUUUCUCCAGCCAUGGUCGCCUCGGUGUACGAGGACGCGUUCAAGAGGGACAUGCUGUCAUUAAAGGUGAUUCCUCCCGCAGUGUAUUUAAGAGUCACCGACAAUGUGCAUCACAUCGUCGCCUUCAUCGAGAGGAUCGUCGAAAACGGACACGCCUACGCCACAAAAGAAGGUGAUGUGUAUUUUGACAUCCGCUCCAUUGGUCAUCGUUAUGGCAAGUUUGUGGCAGCUGUCGAUUCUCACGUGGAACCUGGCGACUCAGAUAAACGAGACUGGAGGGACUUUGCCCUCUGGAAGCGGUCCAAACCUCGGGAGCCGUACUGGGAGUCUCCGUGGGGCAGAGGAAGACCGGGCUGGCAUAUUGAAUGCUCCGCCAUCGCUAGCUCCGUGUUUGGGAGCCAGCUAGAUAUCCACUCUGGAGGCAUUGACCUGGCCUUCCCUCACCAUGAGAAUGAGGUUGCUCAGAGUGAAGCCUAUCACCAGUGUGGGCAAUGGGCAAAUUACUUCCUCCACUCAGGCCACUUACACCUGAAAGGUAGUGCAGAGAAGAUGUCUAAAUCAUUAAAGAACUUCGUCACCAUCAAGGAUUUCCUGCAGUCUUACUCUGCCAAUGAGUUCCGGAUGUUUUGUCUUCUGACCAAAUACAGAUCAGCUGUAGACUACAGUGACGGCAGCAUGCUGGAGGCUCGGACCUCUCUGAGAACCAUCUCCACCUUCACCCAUGAAGCCACGGCCUACAUGAAGGGUCAGCUGCAGUGUUCCCCAGUACAGGAAGCCUUUCUCUGGGAGAGGUUGGCUGAGAGUAAAUCCAACGUGGUGAAAGCACUGGCAGAUGACUUCGAUACCCCGAGAGCCGUCAGUGCUGUGAUGAAUCUGGUUUAUCACGGAAACUGCCAACUCCAGCCGGUUUCCAAGGUUGAGGGAGGGACUCGGAGCCCUGCGGUGUUUGGAGCCAUAGUCAGCUACGUCAGAGACGUCUUGGAUGUGUUUGGGAUCGAUCUGCACUGUCAGGAGGCUGGCCUGGUGGGCACCUGUGGAGGUCUGGAGGCCGUUGUGGAGCAGCUGACUCAGUUCAGAAGUGAAGUUCGAGCAUUCGCUCUCGCUCAUCAGGACGACCCGACCCCCGGGACCCCCAACAGACCUGGACUGCACCCAGAGAGAAGGCCUCUCCUCAGAGCCUGUGACGAGUUCAGGAAGGACCUGGCACCCUUGGGUGUGCUGAUCAAGGUAUGCUGCUGGUAUUCCCCUCAGUUUGAGAUCCCUUCAACAGAGAAUAGAUAUGUAGUUCUUGUUUUUCAGGAUAGAGGAGCGACCUCGACAUGGCAGCUAACGCAGAGCAAACCGGGUCCCAGAGUCCAGGAUGAAGACCAGGAGACCUCCAGCUGAAGACACUUUAUUUCACGCUUGAGGACUCAAACAUCCUGAUUCCAGAACCACAGACACUAACUCGAGGUGCCUGAAGUGCUCAUUAGCAUCUCACGCUUCAGACGGUGGACAGUAGAUAUAAUACAUUGGUUUAAUGGUGCAGAUUAUGGGAUGUACGGUGAAAGUUGAGUGGAACACAGAAGGCUCUGAGGACUGGCUGACCCACUUCCUUCAGGUCCUGGACUACAGGACUAAUGCCCUCACAUGUUUUAAAGUGUCCAAUUGAAUGAAUAUUAAAAUAACAGUUCUGGCA